AUGCAGCGUGCGCAGCGGCGUGGUGGUGGUGGUGGACGUGGUGGUGUUGUUGGACGUGGUGGAGGACGUGGCUCACGUGGGAAGCAAGGUUCAACGCCGGAGUUGGAGCUACUACAUCACGCAGCACACCAAGAUGAGGCGUGGCUUCAAACAGCAAGAGAUCAGUUGCCUGGAGCGCUUGAGCUGUGUCAAUCUUCGACGAUGGGCAAUGGUGUGAUUGCGAAUCCAGAAGGGCCUGGCAUUCGGGAUGGUGACCUCAUCAUGUCAGAGACCGUGGAUUGCUUCGUCAUCUGUCAAGACUCCUACGACGUUCGAUGCCAUGGCUGCCUCGCUGCAAACGUCGACUUGGUGCCAUGCGACUGCGAGUGGGCGCACUUCUGUCACACCUGCGACAGCAACCGAGACGCUGUUCACACGCAAAUGGAGUGUCGCGUGUUUCAACAGCCCGAGUUCGAAGACCUGCCCGAGCCCACGCAGGAAUACGUUCGCCUUGCGCUUCGCAUCUGGUACAAGGACGGCGUGCGAGACCGCAUCCAGCGCGCGCUCUGCCGCUCUGCUCACUGCAACUCCUGGCCGCAGUGGCAGCUAAUCCGCAGCGCAGCAGACUUUGUCGCGGGCGUGGAUGCAUCAGUGGACCGGCUGGUGGUGGUGGACUGUCUCCUUCGUGCGGCCGCCAACUGCAUUUGCAUCAUGAACGACAUCAGAGAUGAGGUAGGGACAGCACAUUCACAUGCAGAAUGUACACGUUUGUAA